ACUUAUAUUUGCUUAGAUCUAAAUAAAGUGUAGCUUGAGUUUAUCAGAGCUUCUCAGAGAUGGCGCUGGCGUCAAACACAUCCGCAGAAUCAAAAAAGACAGCUGGGAUAUGUAACACCACACAUCGAUUUGGUGACCCUUCGUGACUGAAUUUUUUCGUUCUAUGCUGUUAUAAUUACAUUUUUCGCACUCUGAAGUAAAGUUUCUACGAGGAAGUGAAAAGUGGUAGUCACUGUAUAUGUUACAGUUUUUAAAGUGACUGUUAGAACCUGAUGCAUUGUGAUAAUCGUGAUAUUUGGUUAUGCGGUGUUUCUGAUAAGCAUUCCUCAUCAACCCCCGUUUCCCGAAUUUCGGGCCGCAGAAGAACUGAAUCAUUCUGUCGAUUGUGCUUUGGAUAUUUAUUACAUUCCGAUUUAUCUACAAAUUCUGGCACAUACGAAGAAUGAAGUUAAUGGUGUUGCAGUAGCGACCAAGUCACGAAAAGGGCAUAGUACUUAUACAUGGUACAUAAGGGUUGAAAUUCGCCAGCGCGCAAGUCGGUGUUCCUACCACUCUCUCCAUUUCUACCCUCAUCUCCAUCCUCCCUUUCCACCUCAUCACACCAUCCCCCUUUCUUUCCCAUUUGUUCUUCUAUCUUCUCACUCACACUCAUACUUAGUCUUGUAAUCAGUCCAUGCGCAGAGUACGUGCAUCCAAAAUCCUGGCUCAGUGCUAGUGACGCAAGUGUUAACGCAUGCGCUGGAAGAAUUUAUGACCUAUGUUACCUGUCGCAUCGUCAGUGUGAUCGUGAUCAUCCGCGAGUUGUGAUCGCCUUUCGCGAGUUCGCGAGAGGGCGAACAAGCGACCAGCUGCCGGUCAUCCUGGAUACGUUAGCAAGGGUCGAACGAUCGAUCGCACGACGACCGGUCAGAAUGAACAUGUGCUGGACGAUCGUGUUAUCGACCGUCUCUAAGGACGUGCACAUCCAACGGAUGCAAGACAAGUGAAGUUUUGUGUUUUCCUCCCUUGUGCUGUCGGAUAUAUUACCGCGGUGUUUGGGUUCUGAGUUCCGUUAUCAAGCAUUUGCUCGGUGUGUGACACGUGACUCACCGUAAUGCGGCAUCCGACACUUCUCACCCAGCUUCUUCUCGCUUCCUGUUGGAGCGUCGCGAUGCUGAGCAUCGUGUUCGCUGCCUGGCAAGAAAACGUUAGACCAAAGAUGUACGUCCAACUAGGAGUUUCGAGAGCUCACCAGCUGGACCUUAAAGGUGCAGAAGAUGUAUUCAGGUUCACUGGAAACGAGACACAUACUGAUUAUUUUCGACUAGUACUCAGAGAUGGAAAUUAUCUUCUAGUCGGCGGCAGAAAUCUCGUGCACAAUUUGAGCCUUACGGAUCUCACUGAACAACAGAGAUUGAUAUGGUAUUCAUCGGAGGAAGAUGUGAGGAUGUGCGUAAUGAAGGGUAGCGAUGAAGAGAAAUGUCAGAAUUACGUUAGGAUUUUAGCCAAAUCUGGAAACAAUAAUCUGUUGGUUUGUGCAACUAACGCCUUCAAGCCAUUGUGUAGGGAUUAUGUCAUUCAAGCCGGCAAUUAUACAGUAGAAAAUGAGAAACCGGGCCAAGCCCGUUGCCCGUAUGAUCCACAACACAACAGUACUUUUGUCUAUCUUAACGGAGAACUUUACACUGGUACUGUAGCUGAUUUUUCGGGCAUGGAUCCUAUUAUCUACAGAGAACCUCUGCAAACUGAGCAGUAUGAUUCUAUGAGUCUUAAUGCACCAAAUUUUGUCAACUCUAUGACCCAGGGAGACUUCGUAUACUUUUUUUUCAGGGAAACAGCAGUAGAAUACAUUAACUGCGGCAAGGCUGUUUACUCUCGGGUAGCAAGAGUUUGCAAACAUGAUCGAGGAGGGCCUCACCGCUUCCGUAAUAGAUGGACAUCUUUUUUAAAGUCUCGCCUCAAUUGUUCAGUGACUGGUGAUUUUCCUUUUUACUUCAAUGAAAUACAAUCUACAACAGAACUGAUAUCUGGUCAAUACGGUAGUAUGUCUGCACAGUUGAUAUACGGCGCAUUCACAACCCCUGUUAAUAGCAUAAGUGGAUCGGCCGUUUGUGCUUUCUCAUUACAAGAUAUAGCUGACACCUUUGAGGGUAAUUUUAAAGAGCAAAGUGCUCUCAACUCUAACUGGUUGCCUGUACAAAGUGCCAAAGUACCAGAUCCAAGACCUGGUCAAUGUGUGAAUGAUUCUCGCACGUUACCUGAUUUAACAUUGAAUUUUAUAAAAAGUCACUCCUUAAUGGAUGAAUCUGUUCCAAGUUUCUUUGGACAGCCCAUCGUCAUUCGAACCAGUUUCCACUAUAGAUUUACACAGAUAACAGUAGAUCCUCAAGUGAAAACGCCCGGAGGCAAAACCUAUGAUGUUUUGUUUAUUGGUACUGACAACGGAAAAGUUAUUAAAGCCAUAAACGCUGAGUCCGCUGAUUCUCACCAAAGAGUUAGUCCAGUUGUUAUAGAAGAAAUCCAAGCUUUUCCGGCAACGGUUCCAGUACGUGGCAUAAAAGUGGUACGUGCAUCCCAAGCUGGUGAUGGUUUGGAAGAUGGUCGCCUUGUUGUUAUAUCUGACAGCCAAGUCCAAGCAUUGAGAUUGCAUCGAUGCUAUAGUGACAAAAUUCUUUCUUGUGGCGAAUGCGUUGCACUGCAGGACCCAUACUGUGCUUGGGACAAGUUAGAAGGAAAAUGUCGUGCUCUUGUUGGACCGGCUGCUACAGAUGCUUCGCGGUUCUUACAGAGUGUAGCCACCGGGACGCAUACGUCUUGUCCACCAAGUAAAAGUCAGAGUAAGGAUGCUAGCAGUGUUGGUGCCAUUUCUGCUAAUCAAAACAAAUUUCCUCAGGAUUCUAUGCCAUCUAAUAAGGAUAGCCAAGGGGGAGAGAUUAUAAAUAUCAUGCAAGACGAGGAACAAAGUAAUUCAGGACCAGAAGUAUCAGCAGCAGAUUCUCCACCACCACAGUAUUCCGUCGAAACGUUAGUAAUAGCAGUCGUUGCUGGUGCAUUGUCUGCUUUAUUUGUUGGAUUUGUUACGGGUUACUUGUGUGGCAGAAAAUGUAGAAAAGAUGAAGAUGAUAAUUUACCCUAUCCCGAUACGGAGUACGAAUAUUUCGAGCAACGCCAAAAUGUCAAUAGACUGGCGCCUGAACCGAAACUGCUUCCUCAAGAAGAAGUAACGUAUGCGGAACCUGUAUUGGUGCCUCAACCUCCAAAGUUGCAUUCACCCAAGGGUACAAUGCGGAAGCCUCCACCUACUCCAGCAGAGACUCUUUUCCAGUUUCCAGAGGGAUACGGAUUCCGAGGCCCUAGAGAUAAUUUUGGCACUCUGCGAUCUCAUCAAGGCGACGCCUACAGACGUACCGAUGGUUUUGCUACCACCCGGAGUGUUAAGAAGGUUUAUCUCCUCGUCACCCUCUCCCACUCUAGUUCCAAUUGCGAUGAGCGGAUCAUCACCUCCACCAAUACCUCCUUGCAGUUUCAUUUACCGAUCAUAGUCCACGUAAGGGAGAAAAUGAUAUCACAAAAUUCUCCGGUGUGUUCCCGAACUAUAUAAGAAUUGACAAAAGUAUAGAUUUAAUCAGACAUAAAUAAGUCUUGCAUAAAAUGUCUUUGAAGACUGAAGUUUCUACAGUUAGCAUGGGUGGUGAGUAGCAUUUUAUUUUUGGAGCAACCUCCGUCGAACGGACCUAUAUUUUGUUUCUAAUCUAGUAAACUAAUUGACGAUAGCUAGGGCUCUUUGAAGCUAGAAUAAGGCAAGAAAGUUGAACCUCGUUACAUUUUUAAAUCAGCAUUUAUUAAGACAUACAUUUAAUUUGUAAAUAAUUUUCUUUUUAUUAAGAUUUUAUAUGUUCAUCAAUGUGCUUGCUUUUCUUAAGUCUGUAGAGUUUAAAAAAAAUAUUUUUUAAGAAAAUCACUGUUCCAUUCCACCAAUAGACUUUGGUGUACAAACUAAAGCAGCUAAUUAAUUUUUCACUUGUCACUAAUCAACAACCUAUUGGUUACUAAAAUAAUGUGAACCAGAUUUAGCAUAAUUAAGUAUUAAUUACAGUUAAAGAUAUGCCCAAAUUAUUCCAGGUUCAUACGCAGUACCAUCCAGGAGUGUCAGCACACCUAAAAAAAAGCGAAUAAAAAUAUGCUCUCAAUUCAUGCAGAAUAAUUAUAAAAAAAUGAUUGGCAAAGCUCAUUUUACCCUCGGAGAACACACUUGGUCAAUUUGACCGACUGAAAAUUUUUGAUCGAGAUAUUUUCCCAAAAAUUUGAAAAGUGGGCGGCCUCUUAAGCUAUGCUAAUAUAGUUCGAGGUCCCAAAUAAAGUUUCAAAUGCUUGCUAUUGUCUGCAGAGUGGUCAGUCGUCGUUGAAAAGCGUUUUAAAUAAUUGUUAGGUCAGCCUGAUCUAGGUGUGUACUUAAGUUUAACUUUUAAAGCAUGGACUGAUUUGUAGAAGUUGUAAAUUUCAGCCUUCACAGAAAGAAUUCGCAGAAGUAAACAAAAAUGAUGUGUCCAUCUUGUGUGCGGUCGAUUUGCGAUUACCAUCGUGCUUACAUUUGCAACGAUUAAGUCGGGGAAUAAUAAUAUGAUAAUGCUUAUAAUUACGCUUAUAAUGUUGUGUUUUUUAAAAAGAAAUGAUAAUACUUUUGACAUAGAAUAUUCAAGCAUUUUCUUUAUUUACGUGGUGAAAGGAAAAAACAUUUUUAUCGUUUUAUAUAAAAGAUGCACCAACUUCAAAUUUUAAAAAAAUUUCUUUUUGAAAGGUACAAUAUAGAACUAUUUUUUCAUUAUUUUAGCAUAUUUUGAGAAUUCCAAUAUAAAUUUUUAGCUUAAAGUAUUAAGUAAAAAAAUUGCCAUUUUUUUCGUAAAAUUCAAUAUAAACAAAAAAAAUCGUGUAUUUUUUAACCUUAGUAAAGAGGUAAACAAUAGUUUAAUUUUGCAUUAAUGAUUUCUAUCGGCUCUUAAGUAUACCUUAUAAUUUUUUAAGAUAAUUGAUGCAGUCAUUGCGAAAUGGUACACAAUCAAGAGAAGGUGUUGGGUCAGUUUCACCCAGACUGUUCUUGGUGAUUGAAAAAAUAGGUGUUUUUUCGGAGGUUUAAUUCAAGCACUUUUGAUUAAUACAGGCAGAGCUAGGUAGCGAAAAACACCGGCCUCAUUCAUGAGUUUUGCACAUUUUCGUGACUCGGCUUCCACUUCUAAAAUAUAAUAGAACAAUACUAAUAAAAAUUUGAAAGUCGCACACACUAAACUUUAAAAUAUUUUCUUUAAACAGAGCCGAAGAAUUAAAAAUAGAUAAAAAUAAUAAAAAAUAGAUAAAUAAGGACUAAAAAUGUUAACUGUUACUCCAAUUAUCAUCAGCAAAGCAGAGGCGUGCACAACCGAAAAAUCGCUCGAUUGAGCGACAAACAAUCUUCUGUCAUUUGUCAAUGCACGGUCAAUAAAGAUAGAAGACUGCAGUCGCGGCUCGGCUGAGCGAUUUUGAUCUUGUGCACACCUCUAUAUUUGUUAUGAUAAUUCGGAAACCAGUUAAAAUUUUGAAAUGUUCUUCUCAUUUUAAAGAAAACAUUUCAAAGGUUAGUUUAUCUGACUUUCAAAUUGUUAACAAUAUUUUCCUAGAAAAAAGAGGUGAAGUUAAAUCAUGAAACUUUGCAAUAAUCAGAAAUUAGUAAGGUGUUUCUGACAAACUAGCUCAGUCUCUAUUUAUCACAAGUCCUUCAAGUAGGACCUAUUUUACGUGGAAUUAAAUGAGCUUAUAAACGCUUUCUUUAAUUACCCUAAACGACGCAAGCAUGUUUUUAUAAAACGAAAAUUACAACCUUUUCUUCUUGAGAUGUUCACAGUAAAAAAAAACAUUUCGCUUCAUAGCGAGUUGCAGGCUUGAAAAAAAUGUUGGAUGUGUAUUAUUUUUUUCUCUUGGAUUACUUAAUAAUGUAUAAAAUUGUUUUUUAUUUGGUGGGCGCUUCAGCUAUAUAACUACUUAAAGAGCCCAAAAAUUAUUUUUAUUAAAUUUAAUAUUCAUAUUUAGAAAAAAGGUUUACAUAUAAGCAUAAGAAAAAAUGCUCUCUAAGGCAGUACGCGUACCAAAAACUACUGUAGGCAUAGAAGUACAACUUUAUUAUUAAAUUUACUAUUGCAACCUUGAAUGCCAUGAACACGCAAAAAAA